AUGAAUGAAAUCAGGCAGCAGGCAGAGAGGAGAAAGAAUUGGAGAGUUGACUUCGUAUCUGCUGGCAAAAUGAAAAUUAUUCUGUUUUUGUUUGCUGCAGCUCGUAUUCUUUAUCAAUCUGAUUCGAUAGAUCCAUGUGAGCCAUCUACCUUUACCGAGAUUGAUAUAGUCUUGAAUGCUACGGUUACAAGACUGAAUAGAGAUUUUGCAAUGGGUAACCCUUUGACUAUUGUGAACUGUAGAGUAACAAAUAUUACCAACUUUGGAGAACGUUUGUUUCAACUAGAUUUAGCCUUUGAUGCGCAGGAAGCUACAUCCAGCAGUAUCUUUGAAAUUGAUCUAGCACUGAAGCCUCUUUCAAGUACUAUAAACUUGGCCUGCACAAGUCAAGUCAGGAUUGACUUUGCCACCAUUCUGUCGAUUUUGGUGGCUUGUGACAUAACUUCCACAACUUCGACACCAGAACCAUCGACAACGCCAACGCCAUUACCGUCAACAACGCCAUCACCAGAAACAUCAACAACACCAGCAUCAGAAACCUCAACAACACCAACACCAGAGCCAAUGACAACACCAACUCCAGAAACAUCAACAACACUAACACCAGAGCCAAUGACAACACCAACUCCAGAAACAUCAACAACACUAACACCAGAGCCAAUGACAACACCAACUCCAGAAACCUCAACAACACCAACACCAGAGCCAAUGACAACACCAACUCCAGAAACAUCAACAACACUAACACCAGAGCCAAUGACAACACCAACUCCAGAAACAUCAACAACACUAACACCAGAGCCAUUGACAACACCAACUCCAGAAACAUCAACAACACCAACAUCAGAACCAAUGACAACACCAACACCAGAAACAUCAACAACACUAACACCAGAGCCAAUGACAACACCAACUCCAGAAACCUCAACAACACCAACACCAGAGCCAAUGACAACACCAACUCCAGAAACAUCAACAACACUAACACCAGAGAACAGGUCAUACUGGGUGGAGUGUUGCCUUGCUCCUCUUAUAAAAGGCUGUGUACCAGCAGCUCUGGCUGAGGGCCAGCUUCUUGUUGGGGCACUCUGCAAGGCAGUCAGUGCUGAGCCGGAGUACAGGCUGGGUCAGACCCACUUGAGCACCUUCUCCUGGCUGAGCAGUGUACAGCCACCUCAGGUCAUCUCUGAAAGCCAAGGGGCAAGCAAGCAGGACCUGCUUCUGGUUGUUGGCAGAAGGUGA